ACUGCUCAGGGUCCUGGCAAAAGAAAUUCCACCGCAGCUUGGGUGCGUGGUGGGCUGAGAUGGUGCGACUCUCGGAGCGCUCCUUGCGGCAGGAGAAGGAGUUCAUCCUAGAUGGGGUGGCCUUGAGCACCAUGGCCAGCUCUUACCAACGCACUUUGCCCAAGCUCUGGUCCGCUAUACCUCCUUAUAACGCACAGCUGGACGUCCACGCGCGCUCCUACUUCCAAUCUCCCGUGGUCCAAUCCGUGUUGCGAAAAACAGACCAGACACAUGGUGGGACAAGUCAAGAUGGCUGGAUAGUAGAUUACUUCCACAUCUUUGGGCCGGGACAGAGAUAUCUGAACAGGAGAAAUUGGGCAGGGGCAGGACAUUCCCUUCAGCAGGUGACUGGACAUGACAGCUUCAAUGCAGAUCUCAGAACUAUCCGGGGUUAUAAUGGGCGAUUUGGCUAUCGCCGAAAUACUCCUGCCCUUCGCCAGCGCACAUCAGUUUUUGGAGAAGUCACUGCAUUUCCACUAUUCUAAUACACACUCAUCUCAGUGGUUUUCCUCCCUAUUCCUUAUCCUAUUUCGCAGUAUAUACAUUUAAUAAAUUUUGAUUUUUAAUUUGC